AUGACUGGACAGCAUCCUUUUAAUUUUAACCAAACUGGUUUAAACUUGUUACCUUCACUCGGGAGUCCAUUGGGAAAUCCCCAGCAGCUUUUGAGUCAGUUACAAGGGUUACGAGCUCCUCAGUCAAACAUGGGUCUAGGAUCAUUUGGUCAAGAAAGUUAUGGAAGACAGAGAAUGCAAACCACUGAUGAUCGUUUCAGAAGGGAACUGCGUGACUUUAACCAUAGAGAGAGGUCCCUUAGAGAGCCAUACAUGAGAUCUCAGGGAAGGGACAAUUACUCUAGCGAGAUUCGUGAUAGAGUUCAUGGGCUGAUGGACAGGGAAGUUCUAGUAGAUUUCCUGUUCCCAGAGAUGGGCUCAAAAAGAAAUGAAGAGAAAUAUGGAAGGGAGAAUAAUGGAGAGGCAAAGUUAUGGUAUGCACAGCAGAGGCAGAUUAAGGUCACCUGUCCGAUCUAA